AUGGCCACGGCGCGAUCAUCCCUCGUCUGCCUCUGCGCAAACAUUGCAAAAGCGAUAAAGAAUGUCACUGAAAAAUAUAAUGCGGCCCCAACGACAUCAUCCAUUAGUGCCGAAUGCUCGGCCAUCAGCGUGACUUUGAUGGACACCCAGUCGCUGCUGAGCCAACCUCACGCUCUCCUAUCGCGCGCCAUGUCACAGUCUCAGCUUAAAGAAGCUUUAAAAAAUGCACAGAAUAGCUGUGAUUCUACGGUUUCUUGGCUUGAGGAAGAAGCAGGAAAAUGUAUAGGAAUUCAAACAAGCAUGGAAGAGAGCCCUCGCACCUGGAGCAUGAGGCCUCUUUGCAAUGAAGGCCUGAUAAAGGGGCUUUUGCAGCAAAUCCAGAGGCAGCUUACGGAUAUCAACUUGCUGAUUGCUGCAGCACAAAGAAAUUCUAGUUCGGAAAUUGGACAACUUCUCAAGAAUGACACCUUUAUUGGCGACUUAAUCGACAUAAGGGACACAAUAGAUACCCCGAGCCCUAGUUUACCCGGAGGAUACAGUCAAGGUCCGUGGGAACAAUUCGAUCCCGAUUCGAAGUCCAUUUGUGUUCGAACCUCCACCAUUAGAUCUGGUUCUAGCUUCCGCUCGGGGCAGAGUGGACCCUACAGUCUACUUGACGGUGACGGUGACGCCGAUACGGUGGUAUCCAAGUCACACUUGGUACCAACACAAUCUGACAAGACCAAAAAGGUACCACGUUCGCAAAUGGGGUCCAGAUUCUUCAAACUUUUCAAGUCCAACACCGAGUUGCACCGUGCCGCAAAGAAAGGAGAUUCGAAGAAGAUAAAGACGCUACUAGAUUUGGGAGUGGACGUAAACUACGAGGGCUCUUCUGGAUGUACGGCGCUGCAUCUGGCAACCGACUGCGGUCACGAAGCGGCGGUCCGGGUUCUUCUGGACAAUGGCGCAGAUCCUGAGGCAAAGUCUAGUGAAGGACGAACCCCACUGCACAGUGCGGCCCGCACCGGUCACACGGGAGUGGUCCGCUUGCUAUUGGAGAAAGGCGUUGACGACAAAGCGAAGGAUCCUUCUGGCUCUACUGCGCUUCAUGUAGCAGCCUACAAUGGGCAAGAGUCAGUGGUCCAGAUUCUGCUAGAGAAAUAUCCUUUUAUGGAGGUAAGUGGGCCUUCCGGAUUUACAGCGCUGCAUGUCGCGGCCUUCAACGGGCAAUCGUCAGUGGUCCGGUUGCUAGUCGAGAUGGGGGCAGACCUUGAAGCACGGAGUGACACUGGACGGACAGCGCUGCAGCUAGCAGCCGAAAAAGGCCACGAGGCGGUGGUGCGGCACCUGCUGCAGCAUGGGGCCAAUCCCAUGGCGAAGGAUAGCGUUGGGCGGACAGCGCUGCAAGGGGCAGUCUCAAACCAGCACGGAGUGGUGGCGCAACUGCUGUUGGAUAAGAUGGUGCCAGACGCUCAUUCGCACUGGCAGCGCCAACGAGGCUGUGAGUCUGGACUAAGCUUUGAAUUAGGUGCAGUCGAGCCAACUUUCAACCUUCUAGAAUUAGAUGCAACUGACUCAACCACAUGGUCGCGACAAGUCUCGAACGCGCCAAUAUAUGAGCUUCCCAAUUCAUCGGUUGGGGUUGGGGUGCCGGUAGCUGAGUUGGACGCAGAGCUGAGAAGCUCGAUGCCAAUAACUCGGCGAAUGAGUCCGCUGCCAAAUCGAAAAAUGGCAAGGGGAACCUGA